AUGGACAUCAUGAUCAGAGCUCUCCAUUUGCGAGGACACUUGAUCGAUGUGGUUCGGACAAAUCAAAGCUGGUACAUCCAAGAAGACUCACCACACUACAAAGCCAUCACCAUCCCCGUCGUUAGAGCUUUUGACCAUCAUUUCAUUGAUCCCAUCCUUAAAAAGAUCAUAGCUAUAGAGAGGGGGGAGAGCCCUGUAAUGAGCUUUGUGAGUUUGCAGUAUCAAGCUGUUUGUGACAAAUUCUUUGGCUCAGGAAUCACUUACGGUGAAUUAUUAAGGGGAGCAGACUUAUGGCUCAUGAGAGUGGACUUUGUGUUUGAAUUUCCUCGUCCCACCAUGCCAAACAUUAUCCAUGUCGGCGGGUUCCAGUGUAAGCCCUCUAAGACUCUUCCUGAACAUUUGGAGGAGUUUGUGCAGAGCUCUGGAGAGCAUGGCGUCAUCAUCAUGUCUCUGGGAACUUUUGUGAAUGAACUUCCUGAUGACGUGGCAAACGGAAUUGCUGCAACAUUUGCUAAGUUGCCACAGAAAGUCAUCUGGAGCUACAAAGGAAGGAGACCUUCCACUCUGGGAAACAACACUUUAGUGGUGAAGUGGAUGCCCCAGAAUGACCUUUUGGGUCAUCCCAAAGUAAAAUUAUUUGUUGCUCAUGGAGGGACCAAUGGAGUCCAGGAGGCCAUUUAUCACGGAGUCCCAGUUGUGGGUAUCCCCUUGUUCUAUGACCAGUAUGACAACCUGCUCCGUCUGGAAGAGAGAGGAGCAGCUAAGACUCUCACAGUGGCAACAGUGGACAAAGAUGACAACUUCCUGGAGGCCAUACAAGCUGUCCUGAACGAGCCAUCUUACAGGAUGAACAUGCAGAGACUCUCCAGGUUGCACAGAGAUAAACCGAUGAUGCCGAUGGAUAGCGCCCUCUUCUGGAUAGAGUUUGUCAUGAGACACAAAGGAGCGGCUCACCUGAAAGCCCAGGCCUACAGAAUGCCCUGGUAUUCCUAUUAUUCCAUAGAUGUAGCGCUGUUUGCUCUGGCCAUUUUCACAUUGACUAUUUUAGGAACUGCUCUGUGUUUUAGACGGCAGCAGGGUGCAGCUGUAAUCACCCGAAUCCCUCACGACUGCACCUUCCAUAGGGAGAGCGGCAAAAGGGACAUUAUUCCUCCAUCCAGAGACUCAGAGCUAGAGCACUGA